CCGACGGCUCAGCGAGCCAGCGAGCCAGCCGGCCGGCCAGCGGGCGACAGAUCGGGUUUGUUUGUUGGGGCGACAAGUUCACCUGUUCACCCGGGAUGUCAACAACGACGUCGUCCUCGUCGCCUACCGACAUGGACGUGGAGGAAGUGUUCCCCGUAAAGAAGAAGGGUCGACCACCCGGGACCGCGACACAUCCCGUCCACGCCCUUUUUGUUUAUUCACCAGUGGACAAAAUCUCCCGGUGCACGGUCAAGACCUGUACGCGGCCAGAAGUACUUAAUUAUCAUGCGGGUAAUUUAAUGAAGCAUUUGAAAGCCCACCAUCGAAAGCUUCAUGCAACUACCUUGGCAGAGGCUAAUAAGUUCAACUCUGCUCCAAAGAAGCGGAAACUUUACCCGAGCACUCUUAAUGGAGUGAAGAUGUCCAAACCAGCCCUGCAGGUGCACUGCGUCAGAUUAGUUACUGAAAGUGGGCUCUCUUUUAAGGUGUUGGAUUACCCAGCUUUUCAGGAUAUUGUCAAGCCCCUCAUUGAUUCAAUGCCUGCUGCAGACAGAUUUGCUAUUUCCUCCAAGACAAUUCCAGAACACAUCCCGGAGUUCACCGAGUUAGUCCGAGAUAGGAUUAGAUCUGAACUUGAAGGCAAGAUGGUCUCAUUGAAGGUGGAUGGGUGCACUAAGCGGCACAGAUACUUCGUUGGGAUAAACGUGCAGUUCACCCUGAAUGGAGUAUCUGUUGUGCGCACUCUAGCCGUCGAAGAGAUGUUGCAGGCAGCCACCGCCAACAACCUGAGGGUGCUGAUUGGCAUCGCGCUAAAGAAGUUCAGGAUCGACGCGCGCCUUCAGCUUGUGGCUUUUACGGUGGAUAGCGGGGCAAACUACGUGCUGGCCGGAAAGCUCCUCGCCGAGCUGCAAGUUGGGGAUGAAGAGGCCACUGUGGAGAACGCCGUCGAGUCCGCCAAGGAGACCACCGCGGAGACCACCGAGGAGACCGCCACUCCCACUGCACAGACCGUCGAAGAAGUCGAAGUCCAACAGCAGGCUGAAGACGAUUUGGCAGGAGAUUGGCUACACUCAAGCAUCGAGCUGAACCAAGAUGAUUUCUCCAUGCAAGGAGUGCGCUGCGCGUGUCACACCGUGCAGCUGUCCGUAGGGGACGCGCUGAAGAUGGAGAAGGAUCUGAAUAAGACAAUUGAUGCAGUGAGAAAGUUGGCGAAGUACUUGCUGAGAGAAACUCAUGCUCGAGAACUUCGUAUAGCCAAGAUGCCCCUGCCCCAGCUCGAUGUCGUCACUCGCUGGGGAAGUACAUAUGACAUGCUGAAGAGCGUAGCAAAUCUACGCAACUUCCUCGACUAUACUUUCCAGUGGAGUAAUAGCGCUCGAAUGGAGUAUGACCUCUCAGAUGAAGAAUGGGAGAGGGUCGACGGCAUCCUGGAAGACCUCAAGCCCGUGCGUCUGGCGACCACGCAGCUCCAGAGGGAGGACAUUACUCUGGGCGAGUUUUUCGCCGUCUGGAGUGGCGUCGUGCUGGCCCUGGAGAAGCGCAAGCAUGCGUCGUCCUUGGCCCGAGGCCUCCUCAAGGCGAUGGAGCAGCGCGCCAAGGCGGUCCCGUACAAGGACAGGAGCAAGGGCAACAAACAGGAGCCGCUCUUUCAUUACCCCAGUUUCUGCGCCGCUGUGUUUCUCGACCCCCGCUUCAUGGCACUUCUGACUCCUGAGCAGGUGCAGGAGGCGAAAAGCUACCUACUCGACUUGUCGGACCGAAUGAAGAAUUUGGAGGAUCCCACAAGCCCUCAGUCUGAGUCUGAGUCGGAUAGCGGGGCCGAGAGUGACGAGGACAUGCUGCUGGAGGACGAGGACGAGGGAACCGCCCUGUUCCGCGGACUGUUGGAAAACAAGAACAAGGAGCGGCUCGCAGUAACGGGAGCAGCACAGUCCUCUACUGGAGCAAGCAACAACAAGGCUAGCAGGAGAGCCACCCUGAGGGCUCUGCUCGACGAGCAUGAUAGGACCACACCUCCCCUCUCUGCCAAGGAGAAUGUGUUCACCUACUGGGAGAAGCAGAAGAUGCUCUGCCCUGAGCUUUACGCCUUGGCUAUGGUCGUGCUAUCCAUCCCAGCGUCACAGGUGUCGGUGGAGCGGCUUUUUUCAGCUCUCCGUUUCAUUCUCCGGCCGCAGCGCUUCGGACUCUCCUCCAGGCAUGUAGAUGACGUUAUGUUUUUACAUGCCAACAAGGAUGUCGUCCGGAGCGUUGUGGAGGAGCUCCUGCAGAAGAAGCCGCCGCCCCGACGCCCGUCUGCAACGGAAGAUUAG